UUUACUGCAAUCAGUUGAUAUCAGGUCACAAGGUGGUCUCUGUCCCUCCACCCACCUGCAACCAUUAUACCUUUUGAAAUUUAAAUUAAAUAAAACUGGCUUUGGAGAGGAAAAAAAAAUUGGGGAUGACAGAAGCACCCGGCAAGAUUGAUUUGGGGCCAGGAAUUUUUAUGGCUAAUAUUUGGUUUUGUGGGUAGGAAAAAAUUGUAAAAUCAAAGGAAGAUGUCUGUUUCUAAUUUUCCUCUCUGACAAUUUUAAUUUUGAGAUAAACAACUGGAUCUCCAAAGACAAGUUGAGAUUGUUGCUGAGAGCUAAUUUUGGCUGAGUGAUGAUACAGCCAAAGGAGACUUUAAAGACAGAGCCAAAGAAAAGUAAAAGACUUUUUUUUUUCUGGAGGGGGACCUAGUUUUAAGAGGAAAACAACAUGAAAAUUUGGCAGUGAAAAAGACAAAGACAUUUUAUUAAUGGCUAGAUGCGAUCCAUAUACCCUUAAGGCACUGGCUCUCAAACUCUAGGGAACAUCAAAAUCAUUUGUAUUUAUCUUUUAUAUUUAUUUUGUUUCAUCUUAUCUAAAAAAUAUGAACUUGAAUAGAUGUUUUAAUUAUUCAACACAAUUAAAGCACAUCUCACUGGACCCCAUGCCAGAGUUUCUGAUUCAGCAGAUCUAGGGCACAUUGAGCCAAGAAAAUUUGCCUUUAUAACAAGUUCCUAAGUGAUGCUGCUCUUGUGGAGCCAGGGGUCACUGGUCUAGGGAACUGGGAGCUGAGGACAGACAAUUUUGGUAAGAAGUAUAAAGUUAUUUGUUGCAAAUCCUGAGAUGAGUUCAUAGAGAAAAUGAAUGUAUGAAGGGAUCACAUUGAUUUUGGAAAACAGAAGGUCAUUUACAGACUUCGUUUUGUUUUUUGUUUGUUAGCUGCUUCACUGGUUUUACAACAUAAGUUAUCAGUGGGUUUGUGGAGGAGAUAGAUGAAUUGGAAGGUGGUAACAGAUAUCAAACAAUUUUCAGGAAGUUUUGUUAGUGGGUAUGAAGUAUAUGGUGGGAGAAAUUAUUUAUGGGGGAACAGCGUUAUGCAGAAUUGACUUUGAAGGGUUAGAUGCCACUUAUUUUCAAAAAGACUUAAGGUGCCAUCAAGUUGAUUCUGACUCAUAACCACCUUAUGUACGACAGAAGGAAACACUGCACAGUCCUGCAACACCCUCAGAAUUGUUAUACUUGAGCCCGUUAUUGCAGCCACUGUGUUAAUUCAUCUUCUUGAGAUUUCUACUUUUUUGCUGACCCUUUACCAAACAUGAUGUCCUUCUCUAGGGACCCGUUCCUCCUGAUAACAUGUCCAAAGUAUGUGAGAUGAAGUCUCACCAUCCUUGCUUCUAAGGACAUUCUGGCUGUACUUCUUCCAACAUGGAUUUGUUCAUUCUUCUGGCAGUCCAUGAUAUAUUCAGUAUUCUUCACCAACACCAUGAUUCAAAUGCAUCAGUUUUUCUUAGGUCUUCCUUAUUCCUCGUCCAGCUGUUGUAUGCAUAUGAGGCUAUUGAAAAAUGCCAUGGCUUGGGUCAGGCGCACAUUAGUCCUCAAAAUGACAUCUUUGUUUUUAAACACUUUAAAGAGACCUUUUUCUGCAAAUUUACCUAAUGCAAUAUGUCGUUUGAUUCCUUGACUACUGCUUCUAUAGGUUCUAAAACCAAAACCAAACCUGUUGCUGUCAAGGUGAUUCCAACUCAUAGUGACCCUUACAAAUAACAUCAACAUUUUUGCUGAGCUUUUGAGUAUUUACUUGCAUAAUGGUAUUCAAAAUGUAGGAAAGAAAGGAAAAAGUGAGAUAGCAAACCCUCGGGUGCAUAAAUUAUAUCAUGAUCAAGACAAAAGGCAUAACUUCCAUAUCGAUGGUAUUAAAAACAAACAAACAAACAAACCAUUUGCCAUUAAGUCAGUUCCCACUCAUAGUGACCCUAUAGGACACAGUGGAACAGCUCCAAUGGGUUUCCAAGGAGUGGCUGGUAGAUUCGAACUGCCUACCUUGUGGUUAUCAUCCAAACGUUUAAUCUCUGUGUCUCCAGGGCCCCAUCAGUUGUACAGUUUGAGAAAAGCAAACGUGCAUUCAUUGAAUAGAUUAGAUUAAGAAUCCAAAAUACUGGGCAAAAUUAUGGAUAUAGUUGGCAUGGCCUCAUAGUGGGAUUCUGCACAGGUUACCUCCCCUGAAUGUCACUUAUGAAUGUAUCAAUUAAACAGUUAUACUAAGACAUCAGUGUAGAUUCCAUUGUACAGUACAGCACUAUGGAUAUAUAAAGGAAGGAACAACUCUUCCUCUAAGACAAGUGGAAAUGAAGACAAAAAUAAGAGAGAAAGAGAGUAUAUUGGUGGAGAAACAAAGGAAAUCUUUACUAUUCUUAGCCUCGGAGAUGAUGGAGUAACCCACUGAGAAAGGAGAGAAUGGGAAGAGUGGUGAGAGCUAAGGACAGCUGGGAAGAAUGUGCUAGGAGAAUAGCAAGGUGAAAAGGAAAGCUGACCAAGCAGUAAUGAAUAACAACACUUAAUAAAUGACUCCAAGAAAUUUUAUUGGCCUAGGUAAUUAAGCAGGAAAUUUGGCUGAAAACACCUGAUUCACUGAACAAGCUCCUAGAAGCCAGCAGCAGCAACAUUGUGGAAUCGGCCUAGAAGACAAACACUUCUAAGACAUGUGAAAUGAAUGUGAGUACUUUUUCUGCACAAUUCAAAUACUUCAGUUCUACUUUGAAGUGAUCAGUAAAUUUAGGGACAGGUUUUGAUAAAAUAUAAAAUGAUAGAGAAUAGAGGGUAGUUUUCUGUUGUCCAUGUCCCUAAUAAAUUGCCCAAAUAUUUCUAUCUAAGAUAUCUCAAAUCCUUUCAUAAGGUUUGACUCUAAGUGUCAGUGGUUGCUAUCUAUUUCAGAUCAUAAAGACAACUUUUUUUAAAGAACAUAAAAUAUAAUUGACAUACAUAUAUAAAGCAAGUACAUGCCAAAUAUUUUACUUAAUUCAUUAAUGAUUGACAGAAUUAGAUAUCCAACUGAUUCAGCAUCAAAAUGAAAAUUUCACGUAUAAAAGGCCAAACAAGCAAGGCAGAAAAAAAUAACAAGUAGGUGCAAAACAGGUCUAUCUACAGAGAAAAUAUGAAUUACUCUCCACUAAAACAAAACUAAUUUGUAUUUCUAAGGACAAUAAUUUGCACUAUUAACAGUUUAAUACAACUUUCCCAAUUGUAGGAUAGCUCAAAGACAAAUACAAAGAUAACCCAGUGUCCUAGACAGGAAAAUCAGUUUUUUCCCUAUUUCAGAAGUUUUCACGAUUUUUCCUGAUACUGGCACAAAGAAGGGAGAUGAAAUGAGUAGUGAAAAUGGUAUUAGUUAAGUGUCUUCUUAUCCAAUAAUUAUGGUGAUAAUUUGUAUAUGCAUUAUUUAAUUGAAUCAAAAGAAUGAUCCAAUGAUAACGCUUACACAGUAGGUUGAAUAAGGAUACUCAAAAAAUGUAUAUGAGAUCACAAAGCUUGUAAACAGCUGAUCUAAAAUUUGUACUCAGGACUGACUGGUCCCAAAUUUGUGCACUUUCUCACUACAUAUUUCAAUACAAGGUAUAUGAAAUUCUAUUUGAAUUAGAUGUGGAAUAUGGGCCUUAAUCAACAUAGAAUGACAAGGUGGAUGAUUUGGACUUGACUGAUAACCAUUUUCAGUCAUUCAGUUAAUGGGAUUAUUUGUGUUAAAUUACCUCCUGAAGACUUGGUGGUGUUACUCUUGUAUGGCAUGGAAUACCUGCACAUGUUUCAGAGAAAGUGAACCUGAGAAAGUAGAAGAGUAAACUCCCUUGACUAAAUCACAAGUUGUUCAUUUUAUUUUUUUAGAGUCAUUGAUUAAACACCCAGAGAAAUGAACAACUUCACCUCUGUGACCAUGUUCUUCCUAAUGGGGUUUUCUGAUGUUCGGGAGAUCCAGAUCUCACAUGCUGUGUUGUUUUUGCUGCUAUACCUGGCAGCUGUACUGGGGAACGUUCUCAUCAUCACUCUCACAAGCAAGGAUCAUCGGCUCCACACCCCUAUGUAUUUCUUCCUGCAGAACUUGUCCUUUCUGGAUCUCUGCCUCAUUUCCAUCGCUGUUCCCAAAUCCAUCGCAAACUCUCUGGCUAAUCACACCACCAUCUCAUUUCUCGGCUGUGUUUCACAGGUAUUUUUCUUCUUCCUCUCAGCCACUACAGAAGUAUCUCUACUCACAGUGAUGUCUUAUGACCGCUACGUUGCCAUCUGCCACCCACUGAGGUAUGAAGUCAUCAUGAGCCAUGGAGCCUGUGUGCAGAUGGCAGCUUUCUUAUGGGUCAGUGGAGUUCUCAAUGCAAUUCUGCACACAGCUUCUACCUUCUCCAUACCAGUGUGUGGGUCUCCUGAAAUUCAUCAGUUCUUCUGUGAUGUUCCACAACUGCUGUCCCUCGCCUGUUCUUAUAAUACUGUGGAAUUAGUAGUCAUUGGGCUCAGCCUGGUGAUAGGUUUUGGCUGUUUUGUGUUUAUUGAUAUCUCUUACAUUCACAUCUUCUCCACUGUUCUGAGAAUCCCAUCCAGAGAAGGCAGGUCUAGAGCUUUCUCCACGUGCUUGCCUCACCUCACUGUUGUGACUCUCUUUCUCUUUUCUGGUUUUUUUGCCUAUUUACGACCUUUACCCAAAUCUCCAUCACGCUUGGAUUUGCUGGUGUCAGUAUUCUAUACUAUGGUGCCACCCAUCAUGAAUCCCGUCAUCUACAGUCUGAGAAAUAAGGAUAUGAAGAUGGCAUUAAAGAAACUUAAAGAGUGGGCAUUGCCCUUCAAAUUAGGAGAGUUAAUGCCACAUAUAUCAUGAUCUUUCAAUCACUGACAGAAUUGUCUAAACAAUCUGGUUGCAUGGUCUGAAAAUAAUAUUGGAUAUUUAAAGUAAGAACUACCAUGAAAACUCUUUAAAUUGCUAUUAAUGGGCACUGUCUAUUAGUAGAUGAAGUGAGUGGAAAAACCAGUAGUUCCAUUUAUAAUUGGGCAGAUAUAUGCUAACCUUGUAUUUAUCAUGUUAAUUGAAAAACAAACAAUAAACAAUUAUUUUCCAGUUAGUUCUGACUCUUGGUGACUACAUUUGUGGAGAGUACAACUGGGUCCAUAAGGUUUUCAAGGCUGUGACCUUUCAGAACCUGAUGUCUGGCCUUUCUUCGGAGGCCUCUGGGUGAGUUUAAACAUUCGGCCUUUCAAUUAGUUGUUGAGGACUUAACCAUUUGGUGCAGUGGUUAAGAGCUAUAUCUGCUAACCAAAAGGUUGGCAGUUUGAAUCUACUGUUGGCUCCUUAGAAAUCCUAUGGGGCUGUUCUACUCAGUCUUAUAUGGUUGCUAUGAGUCAGAAUCUACUCGGCUGCAAUGGGUUUGUACGAUUUUUGUUUUUGUUUGUUUGCUGUUUUUUUUUUAAGACUCCUUAUAGGGACACUUUUGAAUUCGAACAAUGCUUCAUGACUUCUGGAUAUUCAACUCACUUAUGAUCAUAACACUAUUUCUCUAUUCCUGAUGUAGUGUUAUACUUUCCUGCUCCAGUCAUGAGAUUACCUUUACUGAGAUUUCUUCAGCCUAGUCCACUUUCUCCUGUUAGAUGUUUUCUUAAUACCAUUUCCCUAUCUAUCGUAGAACUUACCUUAGUUGUAAUUUGAGAUUUAUUUCUCUAAGGCUUUGUUAUGUUUUUCUUCAUUAUACUGUGUGAUCCUUGUGGACAGGGGCUGUAUCUCUUAUGUCUUGCUUAGUGUGUGGCCUAGAAUAGAAAUAAAGUGAGUAUUUAUUUAAUAUAUUAAUGGACAAUAUCUACAUCUUUUCCUGGUCCCACAAAGCUUUUAUUAUUUCUUUAUCAUUAAUCUGAGCUUAACCUGGAAACUCUGGUGGUGUAGUGGUUAAGUGCUACGGCUGCUAACCAAGAGGCUGGCAGUUCGAAUCCACCAGGCGUUCCUUGGAAACUCUAUGGGGCAGUUCUACUCUGUCCUAUAAGGUAGCUAUGAGUCGGAAUCGACUCGAUGGCAGUGGGUUUGGUUUUGGUUUUUGAGCUUAAUCUAUUAUCUCUAUAUUUGUAAUGGAUUGAGUUCUAAUUUAUUCCAAAGGUAAUGGAUUAUAAUAAGUUCUGUGGUAGUUAUGGACCUAUGCACAUAUGUAGUUCACAUGAUCAGAAACUGUAUUUUCCACAUGGGCAAAUAACUAAUGUGUUUGUGCAAUAUAGAGAGAUAAAGCAUUUGUGUGAUUGAGUGGAUAUGUAUGCAUUUUGUAGAAAAAAGUAUUUACAUGACUGUAAAAUACACUGGCUCAUGUUCAGGCAGUUGAAAUGUACCAUAUACAUGCAUGUUGUGUAGCAAAUGAACUGACCUCAUCCGCUGCGAGAAGCCCCAUUUAUUCUACUUAUAUCCCCUCAUGUUAGGCUUUUCUCAGUUUCGACUUGAGUGUCUCUUCCAUCCAAAACCAAAUAAAAUUUAAUUAUGUAUUUGUUGACAUUAUUGGGGAUUUGCAUUGGCAGAGUACUUUUCCUGGAAACGUGAACAUCUUCAAUCUUGCAUAUGGUAGUCAGAAUGGUGCAAAAGUUGUGUAAGUCCUAAUUUGCAGAACCUAAAUAUAUUACCUUACAUGGACAAAAGGGACUUUGCUGAUGUUAUUAAGGUUAAGGACCUUAAUACGGAAAAUUAUCCUGGGUUAUCCAGGUGGGAACAACCUAAUCACAUAAAUUCUUAAAAUCAAAGGAACUUUUUCAACAGAAGUCAGAAAACCAGAUAGAUGGCAUUGUGAGAGGAACUUGACCAGCAACUGCUGUCUUUGAAGAUUGCAGAAGGUGUCCAUGAUUCAAAAAUACCCAUGGCCUCUUGAAUCUGAAAACUUUAAGGACACAAUUUUUCCAGAAAAGAAUGAAUCCCAUCAAAACCUUGAUUUUAGCCCAGUGAGACUCAAGUUGAACUUCUGAUCUUCUUUCUAUUGGGUCACUAUGAGUCGACUGUGACUCAGCAGGAACAGGUUUUUU